AUGGAUAUCCAAAGGCUUUAUCCAUGUGAGCUCAUCAACAGGAGCCUUAUUCAACCGGAACACAUUAAUACUCAUGGAAUGAACCAGAUCAGUGGUGUUGGGAGUUUGCUUCACUUACAGUAUCUAGGACUAAGGGAUACAGGUAUUACCAACCUCCCAAAGGGACUAGAGAAUCUAAACUAUUUACAAACCCUGGACUUGAAGCAAACAAGCAUAAUUCAUUUACCUUCAACUGUUGUUCGACUAAGACGACUCAUGCACCUAUAUAUUGAACCAUCAGUGGUGCUACCACCUGGGAUUGGUAACAUGGAGUCUCUACAAUUGCUGUCAUCGGUUGGCGUCAGUAGCUGUGCAAACUUCACAAAAGAAUUAGGCAGUCUAACAGAACUAAGAAUCCUCCAUAUUUCACUUGAUGGCACAUUGCAUGAGAGCCACAAGAAUCCUUUGGUCGAUUCGUUAUGCAAUCUGAAGAAAAUCCAAGAACUACACAUUGAUUCUACAGGAAUAUCCAACGAGUUCAUUGUGGAUUUAGCAUGGUUUCCCCAGUAUCUCAAAAGUUUCUUAGGAAGCGUGCCUAGAUUGCCAAGGUGGAUGAGCCCCUUGCUAUCAGAUCUGACCACUCUGGUCAUUACACUCAACAUGAUACGACAGGAGGAUCUCCAAAGUCUUGGAGGCUUACUGUUUCUACAGUUCCUUUGUCUUACUAUUGAUUCUGCUGAAGAAAGGAUCAUCAUUAGCACUGAUCAAGGAAAAUUCCAUUAUCUAUCUGAGUUUCACUUCCAUAAUGAUAAAAUGGGGCUUAUUUUUGCACAAGGGUCUAUGCAAAAUCUUAAAACCCUUGAGGUAACAUUUAGAGUGAGGGAGAGAAAGGAUGCAUAUGGUGAUUUUGAUCUUGGCUUGGAGAACCUCUCUUCAGUGAAGCAUGUCAUCGCUAGGAUUCACUGUACAGGUUCCACAGUAUGUGAGGUGGAGGAAGGCAACCGAUUUGAAUCCCAGCCAUCCAAAGCUUGA